UACGGAGCUUGCACGUUGCACGCUGCGCGCCGCUUGGAACAUAACCUUAAAACGGUCCUGUUGGCGAUUAUUUCACGAUUUUCACUGAAAAGCGUCUCGAGUCAUUUCUGGAAAGAAUAUUCGUUUGAUAAUGAAGACUAAGGUAGAGGAUAAGAAAGCAAAGAAACGAUCGCUUAGCGAAACUUCUGUUUCUAUAAAAUCAAAUCAGAAACAAGAAAAUAUCAAUGAAUUCAAGAAGGGCUCCAAAAAAGCCAAACUUGCUGGCGUUAAACAAAAUGGAAAUCCCACAUCGGGAGAAAAAGCACCGAUCUUAAAGGUAGUGGAUAAGCAAAAAAAGGAGCAGAAUAAGGCAAUAAAACAGCAAAGUAACAUUGUCAAAUUAUCAGAAACGAAGAGGGAUACAAAAGAAAAGACAGAAUUAACUGUUGUUAAAUCUAUGAAAGAAACUGGCGAUAGAAUUAACAAACGAAACAAAAGGCGUCCAGCGCGUCCUUAUAACCAACGUGAUCUUACUGUCGAACAGAUAACAGAAAAGAUAGCAGAAAUCCAGAGAAGAGAAGUAUUGUCGAAGAGAGCAAAAAAGUUGUUGGGUGUGCUUAAGCGAAAAUUGCGGGAAUCUGGAAACAAUUCAGAGAAAUUAGAUAUAGUAGGAAAGAAAAGUAAUAAGAAAGCGGAACAUCGCGAAAAUGUAUUGAUGCAGAGCAAACAGAAAGCUAAUGAUGAAAGUAAAACGAAAGCAGAAAAGAAACAUAUUCAGAGCAAAGGCAAACCACAAGAGGAAGAUGACGAUGACAGUGACAUCGAGGAAGAUGAUGAAGAUAGCGACGUUGAGGAAGAAAGUUUGGACGAAGAAAGUUUGGACGAAGAAGACGAAAUCAUGAAAAAAAGAGAAAUUCAGAAGACAGUACUUAAACGUUUAGAAGAAUUUAAAAGUGACGAAGAUGAAGAUGAAGAGUUAGAGAGUGAAGAAAAUGAAGAAGAGGUGGAGAACGAAGAAGAUGAAGAAGAGGUAGAGAAUGAAGAAGAUGAAGAUGAAGAGGUUGAAGAGAAUGAAGAAGAUGACGAGGAUGUCGAAGAUGAGGAAGAUCAAGAAGAUGAAGAAGAUGAAGUUCAAACAGAUUUUAUAACUGAAGAUGAGAUCAAACGGCAUUUCUUGACCAAGAUUGAUUCAAUAACUAGCAUCAGAAUUCCGACUAAGCCAGAUAAAUCACCACGUGGCUUUGCAUAUGUGGAGGUGACAAAUAAUAUAGAUUUUGAGAAAGGACUCUCGUUAAAUCAUACAUUCUUAAACAAAAGGAGGAUAAAUGUUCAAUAUUCGCUACCUGCGGGCGGUAAAAAGGCAAAUGACGCUACGAAAAAGUUUAUGGUUGCCAAAAAUAUGAAGCUGCAAGCGCUUCAGAAGGCUGGAAAAUUAGCUGGCGGCAAUCAGAAGAAGAAGCCAUUUAAGAAGGAAAACCGGUUCCACAUUGGUCGCGCCGCAGCGCCGCAAGUUGUGAGAAAGAUUAAAAAAAAAAACCAAAAAAAUUUAUUAGGCAAAGGUGACGAGGAACGAUUUAGAUGUUUGAAGAACAAAUUGCAACGGGUCCAAGCGAAGCUUUGUGAAUCCAGAAACACGUGUGCCGCUCUUAGGCAAGAGAUUAAUAAAGCACAGAAGUUAUUGUGCAGCGAGGUGGGUGAAAACGUCAGCAUCAGCGCGCUUUCGAGUGCACCGGGCGGUUGGCGUGGACGAGCCGAGCAAAUCCGAAAUCUGCAGCAGAAAUUGGCGGAGCUGCAAACAAGAUUGUCCGAAAACGAAAGAUCUCAGAAAGAAUCUUGCGAUCGACAAAAUUUGGCAUAUCUCCGGAAUGUUGAGAAGGAAAGACGGCAACAGAUAGAAAAUACAGCGAAAGAGCUGAGACAAGCGGAAGUAGCGUUGGAGGCUUCGAAGAGGAAACUCGAUGCUUCCAAGGCGAGAAUAAAAAUAUUGGAGCAAGAACUGAGUAUCGCGAAAGGAAAAAUUGCGAUGUUGAAUGAAAAAAGGUCUCACGACGAUCGUCUAAUUGACGCGCUUAACGAACGAUUGAAGAUUUCCGAAGCAAGGUAUCAAGAUCACGAGAUGGACGUACAAAAUAGGGAACACAAGAUCGAACGUGAGAACGCGAAUAUCAAGAACGAGCUGCGAGCAACGCAGUUGCACGUCGAUCGAUUACGCAGAAGAUUGGAGGAACGCGAGAUCGAGAUUGACAAAUUGAGAAAUGGCAUUCUGUCGGAUGAAUCUUUGAAGUGCCGAAUCUCGCUUCAUCCAGAUUUCCGGUUAACUGAAGAGCGGCAAAUCAGUCCAGCUGUUAGUCCUCGAAACUUAGGCGAACCAAAUGAAUAUGUGAUCUUGGCUCUAGCUGCUGAAGCCGAACGCGUGAGACUGUUAGAAUUGGUAACACUACUUAAUCAACGACUGGACAAGGAAAGGAACGAAGCUGACGCACUUGCAGAAUUGCUGCGCAAGGAAAAGAGUAAAUGGGCGAAAUUAGAAUUGAAAUUACGAGAUUCGGAAAAAGAGAGAGUGGGACUUGCUAAAGUAGAUACGAGAUAUAGAGCGAGAUCUUGCGCGAAAUCGAUGUCGAGUUUACGAACGGAGGAAGAAACUACUAACCCCGAUGAAGUUCGUUAUAAAAUCGAAUUACUAGAAGAGGAGUGUCUCGCACUGAAGACCAGAUUAGAUACCGUGCAGCAGGAUAAAGCAUCGGACCUCGCCAUGUACAAGCGAAUGCUCGAUCAAGCUAGAAAGACUUUUAAAGACGCGUGCAGAAACAAACUAGCUACCGGUGGAAGUCGCUCCACAAUAACUAUUUAAUGAAAACGAAAAGAUACCGCAUGAAGAAACUAAGGAGUGUUCGAUUCAAUCUGAGGCAAACUGGUCCGAGGAAUCUGAAAAUUUGUAAGAGAAAUGGUUGUACGUUAUUGAUAAAAUAGAACAUUCUUAUACGUGGCAGACGAAACAGUCGCUCGUGAUCGGAAUAGAUGUAGCAGCAACAAAGCCGCGGCGGCGUGGUGAUGUAACUGGGACACGAGAUAAGGUGCAACGCCUCCACGUAAACCCGCGUGACACCGUCGGAGUAAAACUCACAGUUUCGUCUUCACCUCGUUCCUCCACCGUUCCCUUAACGUUCGCUCCGGUGUUUGCCUCGGCCGACUCGUUUGCUUCUGCCAUUGAUAUCGCACGCGGCGCGGCACCGCGGCCGUAAAUUCAUCCCGUUUCUCGUUACCCAAGAGCAGAGCGAGACGACUCUCAACCACGUGUUCUCGAGUCUAGUCUCGGAAAUUUGAAAGAUCCGGAUUGCAUCUGGAGGAAUGCAAUGCUUAAUUAUGAUCUAUACGUCGCGAUAGCAUAUAAAUGGCAGAAAAGGAAAAUAUAAAAAUUCAACAUUAGUAGCUUUUUAUUGUAAAGCAUAGUUUUAUAAAAUUAUGUAGCU